AUGAACAAUCAUCUAAUGAAUGACUUUCGAUAUUAUCAGCAAACACCACUCACAAUAACUGAAGCCUUAGAAAUGUCCGGUCAAACUGGCAUUAUGACUACUGAUAAUGGACAAAUGGUCAACCACAAUAGAGAUAAUAGUACUACCAAUGAUAAUACAAGCGCUGAAUCUAGGCCUCCAUUUACAUAUAUUUCAUUAAUUGGCCAAGCUAUUUUAGCCGCUCCUGAUAAGAAACGUAAGUUAAAUGAAAUACGUGAAUGGAUCUCCAACACUUAUCCAUUCUAUAAGAUGGAAAAUAAACGUUGGCAGGAUGCUAUUCGACAUAAUCUAACCGAAUGCCUCGCUUUUCGUCAUUGUGAACGAGAUGACGGAAAGAAAAGAAAGAAUGACUGGAUAAUUUGCGAUAAAUAUCAAGAAUGUUUUGUCAAUGGCAAUUAUCUUAGCCAUAAGGCAAAAGAAAUUAAAGCAAGUAAAGAAAUUUUUGAAAUCCAACAAUUCGAUGUUCAAGAACUGACGACAACCUGGAAUCAUUGCGCGGGACUUGACCUAACUUCAUGUUCUGCUUUUUGUCAUUGUGGACGAGAUGACGGGACUCUUGAUGAAUCUUUCAUCAAUGGGAUUUGUCCUAACUAUAAGGCAAGUGAAGAAAAUACUCUUGCCUUACGGUAUGGAGAAACUAUCAGCACCUCCAGUAGUGAAAUCCAGCAAUCGGAACUGACUCCUCUUUUUCAAGAAUUUUUUCUAAAUCCGAUACAAUUAAUUUCUUGUUCUGAAAGCAUACAUAGAUCUACACCUCAAGCCCCAUAUAAUUACGUUAAUAUGGCCGAGGUUGAGAAUAUCCAAGAUAAUGGAAUCUUUGAAUUAUGA